UGGCGUUCAUGGAGGGCCAUCCCUACCUUGUGCGGGCAUCGUGCGCACUCACACAGGAGUGCACGGUGGAGCGGAGGCGGCAGCUUUGGAGUGAGCUCGCCGCCCUGCUGAACACAGAGGGCCUGGCCGCCAAGACAGCCGAACAGUGGCAGGUGUUUUGGCGGAAGGAAGUAUUUCUUUCCCGCCGAGGUGCCGCCGCAGCUUCCGCAAGGUAAAGCGGCACGGGUGGUGGCCGUCUGCCCGGCCUUCGUGGCCGUGUCAUCGCCUUAGUGGGCACCUCCACGGUGACCGGAGUGUGCGAGGCCUUCUACCAACCGCUCGACGAGCCCGCCAUGGAGGUGACCGUACAAUCUGUGGGCACCACCGCUGGAACAAGUGGCCUUUCACCUGAAGGAGCACUGCAGCAGCCAGGAGUGGUCCCUGUUGAGCCACUGCCCCGAAGCCCUCCAGCCACUGCACAGCCUGCAGCUGGCCCUGGCGGAGUGAGAACCAGCUACCAGCCCCGGGUGCAGCGCCGGUCUCGAGGCCCUCGCCGGUUGUCCCACCGGGACGCCUUGGUCGAACGGCUCGCGGAUGACUACGCCAGAACCGUCGCACAGAACGACGAGACAAACGAACUCCUUCAUGGUAUCCGCCAGGGCGUAGACCGGCUGGCUGCAGCUACUGAGCGGGUCGUGGCUGCUGUGGAGCGGCAGGCUGACCAAGUAGCGGAGGCACUGCGGCCAGUGGGGCAGCUUUCGCAGCUCUUGGGCCAGCUAAUGCAGGAGGCAGUAGCUGCAAGGAGGGAAUAGACAAUUUGAAGUUUUACUAUUUAUUACUUGUA